GAGUUGGGUUGCGCCCAGAAGUUUCUUCUCGGCGUUUGCGAUUCUUACCCAAAUUAUGAGAAAAUUGUUUCUACCUCAAAAUACGGUUAGAGAAGCAAGUCCCAGCGCUCGGAGGCUUAGCUGACAGGAGGGGCAGGGUGCGUGGCUGCGAGACUCAGGAGUACUGGGAGCCCUGAAGCCCCAGGGGCGCGCGAUCCCUCCCCGGCUCACGAACUGCCCCGUAUGCGCAGGCCCGAGCAUGGGAACCCCGAAACCGCGGAUCUUGCCCUGGCUGGUGUCGCAGCUGGACCUGGGGCAGCUGGAAGGCGUGGCCUGGCUGGAUGAGAGCCGCACUCGGUUCCGGAUUCCAUGGAAGCAUGGCUUACGGCAGGACGCCCAAAUGGCUGACUUUGGCAUCUUCCAGGCUUGGGCCGAAGCCAGUGGCGCCUACACCCCAGGGAAGGAUAAGCCGGACCUGUCGACCUGGAAGAGGAACUUCCGGUCAGCCCUGAACCGGAAGGAAGUGCUGCGAUUAGCUGAUGACCAGAGCAAGGACCCUUUUGACCCUCAUAAAGUGUAUGAGUUUGUGACACCAGCAGCAAGAGACUUUGUACAUCUGGAGCCCUCCCCUGAUAGCAGUGGCAUAAGCAGUGUGUCUGAUCCCCAGGAAGACCUCUUGGAAUUACUGGGUGACUUGGUCUUGAGGCCCCUCCCAGAUGAGGGGUCCUCAGGCCAGGCUAUUGUUCCUGAUCACUCUCAACUACUGCUGAGCCCCAAUUUGGACAACUUCCCGCACCUGGCACCCCGGGAAAACCCUCUGAGGCAGCUGCUAGCUGAGGAGCAAUGGGAGUUCGAAGUGACUGCCUUCUAUCGAGGCCGCCAGGCCUUCCAGCAGACGCUCUUUUGCCCUGGGGGCCUUCGGCUGGUGGGCACCACCGACAGUAACAGGACACUGCCUGGGCAGCCAGUCACCCUGCCAGACCCUGAGGAGCUUCUGACAGACAGACUUGCCAGGGAGUAUGUGAGGCAUGUACUCAAGGGGCUGGGCAAGGGGCUGGCACUGUGGAGGUCAGGGCAGUGUCUCUGGGCCCAGCGUCUGGGUCACUCUCAUUCCUUCUGGGCUCUGGGCGAGGAGCUGCUUCCAGACAGCGGGCGAGGGCCUGAUGGAGAGGUCCCCAAGGACAAGGAUGGAGGCGUGUUCGACCUUGGGCCCUUUGUGACAGAUCUGAUCGCCUUCAUGGAAGGAAGUGGACACUCCCCACGCUACACUCUGUGGUUCUGUGUGGGGGAGUCGUGGCCCCAGGACCAGCCGUGGGUCAAGAGGCUUGUGAUGGUCAAGGUUGUUCCCACGUGUCUCAAGGAGCUGUUAGAGAUGGCCCGGGAAGGGGGAGCCUCCUCUCUGAGAACCGUGGACUUGCACAUCUCCAAUAGCCAGCCUAUCUCCCUCACUUCUGACCAAUACAAGGCCUACCUCCAGGACUUGGUGGAGGACAUGGAUUUUCAGGCCACUGGAGACACCUAAGCCCCUGCUUCGCGGCCACCAAUAAAGCAGUUUAUGCCACCA